AUUUUUGCUAAAUAAUGAAUGGAAUGAUGAUUAGUGACUCUAAGAAAGUGUGUUUCUCAUGGCACUCUUUUUUAUAGUCUUCCUCAAGCUCCAUUUUCAAUUUCAUCCUUUCUGUAUUGUGUCUUCCAUCCAACUCUCAUUCUUUUAAAGAAUAUUUGUUGAAUAUUCCUCUUAAAACCCAAGUUUUUACUGUGUGCCCAGUGUUGAGGUAGAUGUUAAAAGUUUGAUGCUUGAUGUACCCAUGAGGUCAUAAUCCAAGCUAAGAGGGGCCAGUGUCUGCUGGGUCUGGUGAGCAGCCAUAUGUAGAAGUGAGUUUUCCUUUCCCCAGUACAGUGAUGCCUGCUUCACACGGUGUCCUACAGGAAGAAGGUAGCAGGCAUAUAUGGAGUCUACCUUCCUGCCCCAUAACCGGUGAGUGCCAGAACAGAAAUGAAGAACUGAAAAGAUUGCAGAAUCCAUUAGUACAAGUGAAUGAUGGGAAAUAUUUGCUUGAAAAUCACCAGCUGGCCAUGGAUGUGGAGAAUAAUAUUGAAAAGUAUCCUCUUAAUCUACAGCCCUUGGAAUCAAAGGUGAAAAUCAUUCAGCGAGCCUGGCGUGAGUACCUGCAGCGGCAUGAUGCCCUGGAGAAGAGGAGCCCAUCCCCACCCUCUGUUUCCUCAGACAAGCUGAGCAGCUCAGUGAGCAUGAACACCUUUUCCGACAGCAGCACGCCCCAGAUCAGCAAUGAUAAAAUAGCCUUGUGAGGAUAUAUAAAUCCAGAUCAGCAGUGCUCUAACCAACAACCAUCUUCCAUGAAGGAGGCAGAAGAUGCUGUGACCGAAAGGCUGGGGCCAGUAACCUGUCCUUUCGUGGGAGGAAGCCGAACCAGGUGCUGACUGCUAGCAAUGGCAGGAGAACGCUGGCAGCUGAGCUCUACGUGUGUCUGUUCAUUCUUUCUGCCCUUCCGCCUCAUUUCACCCACUGCCAGCUUACACACGUCACUUCCUGGACACCCUCUUCCUUAGUGUGUGUGAGUGUGCACAUACCAAACC